CUCCGUGUGGACCGCCGUCAGGAAUGUCAGGAGACGUUUGUAAGCUAACUUGGCGAUUGCUAGCUAACGUUAGCUGCUAAUAUUACAUACGUUUUUUUUUUGUUUUUAUUUCAAAGUAAUUUUACUCGACAGUCGACGAAAAAACUGAAUUAAUUUAAUAUAAACCGACAGUUAACAGUCAAUUUAAGAGACACUGUGCAUGUGUUUGUGUAUUUGAAAGCCAGACCUUAAUAACUGAAAAGGGAAGUCAAGGGUUAGCACGGAUCACAAAAUUGAGUAAACAAAAUUUGACUCAAGGAGACGAUGGGGUUUCCUUGAUUUAAAGGAGUUUGUCUACAUGUAAAAUCUACAUACAACUGAGCAAACUAUCUGCUGAUGAAGACCGUGAGGUGGAAACAAUGACGGCAAAGAAGGUGCUUUUUGAUACACUGAAUGAUUUGAAUUCAGAGGAGCUCGAUAAAUUCAAGUCACUCAUUGAAUUGGAGGAAGAUUUUCCACCCAUCCCAAGGAGUCGACUGAAAGUGGCGAACACACAUGACACAGUAGAGCUGUUGCUGGAUUUGUACAGAGACAAGUGUGUGGAGGUGGCUCAAAGGAGUUUAAGGAGGAUGAACAGGACCGACCUGGUGCAGAGAUUAUCAGACAUCAGCUCAGGGACCAAAGAGAAACAGCGGCCUUUGCUGAAUCAGAGAGUGGAAACAAUGGUGUUUGCCAUAGAGCUGCUGUUGGAAACACUGACUGAUAUGAAUGACAAGGAGUUUAAGAAGUUCCAGACAGCUGUAGGCCAAAUAAACCCCGAAAGAUCCGACUUGGAUCAAUGGAUAGACAUGGAGGACAUUGUGUUUUUCAUUGUGAAGACCUACGGCCAGCAGUCUGUGGAGAUGAUAAAGGAGGUUUUCAAGAGGAUAAGGAGGACUGAUCUGGUGCAGAGGUUGUCAGACAGCAGCUCAAGACCCAAAAAAAAACACUCUGUGGAUAAACACCUGCCUACACUGAUCCACAAAGUGGCAACAAUGAGUGCUGUUAAAGAGCUGCUUCCAGAAACACUCAUGGAUUUGAGUGACGAGGAGUUCACGAAAUUCAAGUGGUUACUGCCAUUAACGUUCUUCCAGAGGAGCCUUGAAAUUACCCCAUGGACACGACUGUGUGGUAUUGACGAGGCAGACCGACUGGUGGAUGUGAUGAUGGAGAAGUACGGUCAGCAGUUUGUCGAGAUGACUGAAGAGAUUUUAAUGGACAUGAAGAGGACUGAUCUGAUGCAGAGGCUGUCAGAGACCAGCUCAGGACUCCAAGCUGCAGGAUCAUCAGCUGAAGCAUCUGGUGUAAGAGCCACAGAGGGAGAGAAGCACUUUGUGGAUGAACAGUGGCCUGCACUGAUCCAGAAGGUGGAAACGAUGGUGCCUGUCAUAGAACUGCUUUUACAAACACUGGCUGACCUGAGUGACCAGGAGCUUGAGGAGUUCAACAGCGUCCUCCUGAGCGAAACUGACUUUGACUUUUCAGACAUCUCAUCGAUGCUGCUGGUGAUUAAAGACAGGCAGGUCACAGUGUUUGUAAUGGUGCAGACCCACGGCCAGCAGUCUGUGGAGACGACCAAGGAGGUUUUAAAGAAGAUAGAGAGGACUGAUCUGGUGCAGAGGUUGUCAGACAGCAGCUCGGGAUCCAAAAAGAGACACUUGGAUGAACAACAAUCUGCACUGAUUCACAAAAUAGCAGCAAUGGCAACUGUUAAACACGUGCUUUUGGAAACUUUGAAUGAUUUGAGUGACGAGGAGAUCGAAACAUUCAAGGAGUUCCUGGAGUGGAUUAUCGAGCAGAAGAGCUUAAAAGACAUGUCAUCAUUUUUCAGCCUUACAGAAAACAGAGCAGAAAUGGUGGAUAUGAUGAUAGAGACCUACAGCCAACAGUCUGUGCAGUUAAUCACAGAGGUUUUAAAGAAAAUGAACAGGACUGAUCUGAUGCAGAGGUUGUCCAUGCCCAGCUCAGGACUCAAAGAGAAACAGUCUGUGGAUGAACAUCAACCUGCAGGAUUGGAGAAAGCAGCAGAAAUGUCAGCUGUGAAAGAGAUUCUUCUGGAAACACUGAGGGGUCUGGGUUUUAAAGCGCUGGAAAAGUUCAAGACGUUACUGCAGUUCACCUACUUUCAGAAGGGUCUUCCACAAAUCUCACAGAGAAGACUGGAGCGGGCAGUCAGUGCAAAAAGUAUAGCGAGUCUGAUAGUGGAGAAUCAGCAGCCUGUGGAGGUGACCAAGGAGGUUUUCAUGGACAUGAAUCGGACCGAUCUGGUAACAAAGUUGUCAGUCAUCAGCUCAAGACUCAAAGAUUACGACCCGACAAUCAGUGUUUCCUCUCCCAGAAUGGACCUGAUGAAAUAUGGCUUUGGCGUCAGAGCACACUGUAAAGUGUUAAUAUACAAGACUACAUCACCGUUCCUCACACUCCAUGUUUACCUGAUCCCAGCACACAAUCCUGCUGUACAACAGAACUUAGACAUGAUGGAAUUAUCCCGUGGGCACAAAAAAAUCCUAAAGCCACAUCCGGAGAUGCCCCUGAAAAUGCGUGAUUGUUUCAUCCUUUCAACAGAUGUGGACGGGGCAAAAAUUUUUCCUUCAGAAAUGAAUCUCAUAUAUGAAUGCAAACAUCCAGUUUCCUUUGAAGUGAUCAUUAAAAAUGCAGACUCAGACUUCAGGCUCAUGCUCACAUCAAAACAAGAGCAUCGAACAGUAUGGACCUGUGAAAUUCGAAAAGAUGACUACCAAAGCAGCACUGGUUCUUUACAAGAGGAACGUCAGUCUGAACUGAUCCGCAAACUAUUUUACCUUUCCAAUUGA